AAAAAAAAAAAAAAAAAUUAAAUUCAUGUUUAUUGUUUUCACGGUUCACUGUUUUUUCAUCAAUAAACAAAAAAUUUGAAUUUACAUAUAUUUUUUUCAUAAUUCCACGUAAAAUUGUUAAGUAUCAUUAAAAAUAGUGUUUACAGAAAUUUUAUUAAUAAUAUUUGCCUAGAAUCCUGUUAAAAUUUUUAUUAACUGACGUAAUCAGUCCGUGACAACAUCGUCUCGAUUAAAAUGCACGUUGCUUUCAAUAUAAUUAAUUCUCCCCUUUGAAUAAGGUUGAAAGUGACCGACGCCCGCCGAGGGUACUUUCAAAAGUGCUGUGCAAUUUCCUAUGUAAUGGGAGUGAGUGGCAAUCCAUUUAGUUGUUAGGUAGUAGCGCAAGUCAGCGGCCUAACUUGCGAGAUCGAUUCUGACGUGAUGCUCAUAUAAUUGUCGAAAUGAACGACCCGUGGGAUGUGAAAUCGGUGCGGCAGUCCGGCCAGUACAUGUCCUGUAUGAAGAUUAAUGGAGUACCUCUAUUGCCACCAGUUCUGUCAAAAGAAUGCAGGAAAGAAAUGCAAUAUUACAAACUGCUUGCAAAAGAAGUUGAAAAGCGCAUAUCAAUUCUCAAACCAUAUGUACAUGACAGUGACUCUGAUUCCAGUGAUGAUAAGACUGAUGCCCCUGAGCUUCCCGAAUCCGAGCAGAGCUAUGAUUUGCCUCAAAAUGAUUUUGAUGCUAACAUAGAAAAAUCAUGUGAAAAGUCAUUAGAACAAUCUUUUGCAGAACAAUCUCCUAAAUCCCUUCCGAUAGUUAAUGAUUAUAAUAAUAAAAAUUCUAAUAUAAUUUCAAGGAAAUCACCUGAUACUCAAUCCCAUAAUUCAGACACCCAAAAAUGUAUUAUUGAUUUUAACCUAAGCAUCAAUGAAAUAGAUGCGAAUGCUUUAGAGAAAGUAAAUAAUACAACAGAACGUACUACUCUGAUAGAUAUACCUGAAAGAGAUUAUAAUUCCCCAAAUAAAAUGGCCCAAAAAGAGUUAAUAACUGAAUUAGACACAGUGCAAGAUAAUCGAAAUAAUAUAAUAGAAAAUAUUAUGGAUUUUAGUUUCAGCAUUGAUAAAGAUAUUUUGUUAGAUCCAUGUCCAAAUUUUCCUAUGAAUCAGGAUGGACCAUCUUCGUUGAGUUCCAAGAGCUUCACAGGGUCUUUGAAUGAUCUACAUACUGACAGUAUGAAGGAAUCUCAAAUAGGACCAAAAUUAACAAGGCAAAGAUCUUAUACACUGCUAAAACCAAGUCCUCAACUUCUAGCUCAUCUAGAAGUGCAGUCACUAAAUACAGGUGUUGAAAUGAGUUGCAUAUCUAUGAGUGAGUCUUUGUCAAAUCUUAGUUCUCCAAAUAAAAAGAGGAGAAGCUGGGAUCUUGAGUCUGCUAAAGUGAAAUGGUCAUCAAUGGCUGUAGAAUUAAACAAGAAAAAUGUAACUAAUUUGUCUAAAGUCAAUGGUAUAAACAAAAGUCCAGUGUCUAGACCUACAGCAAAAAAAGUACCACAGGCUUUUCCGGCGCGUACUAAAUCUCUAACACAAGAAAAACCACGGCGCAACAGUGUUACCGCCAGAUCAUUGCCUAAAUCAGAACCUGUCCAGAGGAGUGCUAAGAAAUCUCAGAGUCCAGUUAGAAAUAUGACUGCUAGUCGUUCUAUUGCUAAAGAGUCUGCCUCACCCAAAUCUAAUAUACAAAAGAAUGAAAACAUUUCUCCAAAACCUUUAAUUUCAGAGUCAGAAGAUCCAGCUGCUCGAGUCAAGGAACUGUAUGAAAAAAUACAAAAACAGCAACUCAUCCAAAUGGCGAGCCUAGUAGAGAAGCAAAAGCGUGAACAAAUGCUUUUACAGCAGGUAUUCGAGGAACAAAACAACUUGCUUUAUAAGCAGUUGAAGACAAUUUGUCCCAAAUCUCCUAUUGAAGUUAAAGAAGCCUGGGGCGAUAAAACCGCUAGCAGCACUGAUCGCGGUCCAGUUAGUUUGAGUCAAUUGAUCAACACUAGGUCUCCAGAGCAGAGUGUGUAUGAUAGUCCAAUGUCUUCCACUCUAACAGAGACUAACAACUACAUCAGCCACUGUGAUGACGUAUUGAAAAUGAGCAAAGACAUAACUGGCAGUAUUAAGAAGCAACAAGUUCAGCAUACUCAGAAUAGCCAGUCCAGGUCUCAGACCGAUGGGAGCAGAACUAGAACACACUCGCCCACUACCAGGAAUACAUCUCGAAAACUUUUAUACGACACGAGUGCGUCGUCAGACCGCGAAUAUGACGCGAUGCUAACCGACCGAACGAACGAUACCUUAGCUGAUCUCAAUGUUACAUUCCCCACUGAUUGUACAGAUGACAGCAAUUCAUAUAAUGGCAUGGUAAUGAACCAUCUUUGCGGCACGGAGUUGGCCAUGGUACAUAAGAGUCCUAUUCCUAUGACCGCAGCAAAUUUCAGGUCAACAGAUACUACCAUAAGCUGUAUGGCGGACACCAUACAGAACAAUAUGGAUCGACGAUGUAAACCUGUGAAGGAUUGUCAGCCAACACCCCAACAGCGGGCAGCGGCCACGAAAAUCGUGGCUCACGCUAAGGGCUACUUGGUACGGCGGCUGAUGCGAACGGAUCGGGUACAGUCGACGGUGCAGACUAUAAAGGACGCGCUGGUGUGCGCGCUGCAACUCCACCAGGACAGGGAGGGCAUCCGGGGAGCUGACGUAGACCUCCACAGGCGGCUUAUACAGCAGAUCACGGCCGCGUGCUAUUCGCUACACGACACGUUUGUGACGAGUACGCCGGCGGAGCGCUGCGCUGUGAUCGCGGCUGACCGCGCUCGGCGACGCUCGAUCGCCGCUCGGCACACUCCGCCCGUCACUAGGCACCAUAGACAAACGGACAUAAUGUCGCAAAGCCACAGCGGUGUGUUUCCAACGCGCGCAAAGCGUCCCACAUCGGGCUCGCUCAUGACUCAGUCCAAUUAUGAGACUUUUAGCGGCGACAAGUGUGGGUCGGCGGUCCGCUCGCGCUAUAUGCCGAGCCCGCGGCGCCGCCCGUGGCGUUGACAUUCACCGCCGCCCCCGCCGCCCGCCUGCUUCCCGCGCUUCUUCGCACACUGCUGGUACAAACACGAACUCUGAACCGUGAUUGACUGUUCAUCAUUGUGAAAUGAUGCGAUGACUGCUUAGGUAAACGUUGGUAACAUUAGCAUGGGGAUAUUUUACACUAUCAAAUGUUUAGUAUUACAGCUAGUUUUAUUUAUACAGCUGGUGAUUCGUGCAUUUUUAAUAUCAAAAUGUUAAAAUUAGUAAUUAAUGUGUUAUUGAAAAUAUUUAGCAUUUAUUAGUAUAUAAUUACUAGCUGACCCCGUAAACGUUGUUUUACCACUUAUUGCGAAAUAUAAAAAUCGCGAUUAAAAUACAGGGGUUGAUCGUGAAACGAUGAAAAUUUAAAGUUGUAUGUAUUUUUCAAUGCUAAAUCAUAUUAAAAUAAAAAUAAAAAGAAAUUGUCAAAAAAAUAAAAAAAAUUUUAGGGGUGGGUCACCCUUAUCAUUGAGGUGUAUUAAAAAUAGAUGUUGGCCGAUUCUCAGACCUACCCGAUAUGCACACAAAAUUUCAUAAAUAUCGGUAAAGCCGUUUCGGAGGAGUUUGGUAACAAACACCGCGACACGAGAAUUUUAUAUAUUAGAUAAGAUAGACAGUUUUAAACUUUUGCGUUCAGUUGCGGAUUUGCAGUGUUGGCCGCCCUGGGCCCCCGGCCAUGUAGUAUGUACCAGCCACCAGUGUCUCAGCACCCAUCAUGUUGAGUACACAAUGACAUUUACUUCUUUGCCAACUUUUAUCAAAAUCGAUUCAGAAAUUUAAUUAUUUGCUAGUUUGUAAUAUUUUCCGAGGUUUCUUUUAGUUGUACGUACCUUGAGUUAUUUCUUGUUAUAAUCAGAGAAUUUUUGUCACGAUUGGCCGCCUCUAAUAUCUGGCCGCCUUAGGCCCGGGCCUCCUGGGUCUUACGGCAAAUCCGCCAUUGUUCACGAUGUUUACACAUAUUUAAAUACACAAUCGGGACUGUAAUGAAAAAUUUUGCAGGUAAAUUUUAUUUUUUAUACAACUUAGAAUGGCAAACAAGCUGGCGGUCCACCCGAUGGAGAGUGGUAACCGUCGCCUAUUGACAUGAGCAGUACUAUGGACAUAAAAGAGUAUACUGUUUCGCCCAUGAUACCCCCCAUACGUUGCCAUUCCUGAGGACUCGGGUGUUAUUCCUCUGUACCCAGUAAUUUCACGCCAUAUCCCACCCUUCACACCGAAACACAGCCAUGCAAACACAACUGCUUCACGGUUGAAACACGAAUGGAACAGAGGUGCCCAAGCAAUCGACUUUUGUACAAAGUCUCCCUCUGGUAACAUAUUUCAAUGUCGACGUUUACCUGCAAAAUUUAUUACCGAACUAAAUCCCUAUAGUGUAUUUAAAUAUAUAAUUCUGAAGUUCUAGAAUAUUCUAUAUUGCUUAGAAAUAAGUAAUGAGAUUAAUCUACUCCUAUAUUUGUAUUUGAUUCUAAAAUUUUUACAGUGUAAUGUAUCCCAAGAAUAUGCAUUUACGUUGUUUAUUUUUAAAAAUUAAAAAGUACAUAACUAAGUCACAAUUACAUAGAAAUUACGAUGCCUAAUAGUACAUAACUAAUAUUAUUUAUUUAUCAAAUUGUAAGUAUAUUUGUUAUUU